UGAUCUUAAUGUAAAAAUGCAGAUUUCAUUCGUUUAAAAAAAUAUUUAUUUUUAACACGUAGACACUAUACGUCAUGUACCUCCAGCAAAAAUCAUAUUGAUACUCUAGAACAGAGAUAAGAAUAAUUAAUAAAUUUCAUAUGCAUAGUAUUCGUAUGACCACAAUUUUGAAGAUCACCAAGAAAUAUUCCAGCACCGAAACUCGGUCUAAUUAUUUGUAAAAGAUUUCGAGGGAUUGGAAAUAUCAUCCCACCAGUUUAUCAUCACAGCAGCCAGACACUACGUUUCCAUACGUUGACACAAGCCGCUGUAAAAAGUUCCACUGGGACGCAAUUCCUUGAUUUCGAAGCAGGUGAAAAAUUGAUGGAUUAUCGAUUACGUGUAAUCAUCGUAACCACCUCGGACCGAACUGAAUAAUAUCGGAGACUUGCGGUUCUGUGUCUCUACCAAGGGACUAUAGAAUGCAAAAAACAAUCAGUUCAAAUUGACCAUCACUCUAAAUGGGCAUGUAAAAGAGACGCGUGGAAUCGAAAGGCUUCCAGGAUCAAAGAGGUGUCAAGUUUGACGAGCCCAACGUACCAUUAUGUGUCGCCAUUAUCGUAAUUGCCGUAAGCCUCGAGACUCGUUCUGCAGUAUCAGCCGUUAUCAGACCAGGAUAUGGACACGCAUAGAAACAAAUACUUGUCGAUAAAGGUGACGAAAUUUUUUAUGAAAAUCGUUGGCAUAUGGCUCCCAGAAAGCAAGCAUGAACAAUUUGUCUUGGACGUGUCUCUGUUCGUUACCAUCGCUGGCACUGUUCUUUCUAUCCUGUUUGAGAUGUGGGAUAUUUACAAAUAUCCAUUUAACUUCAACGAAGCAGUUUAUAUAAUAUGCAAUAUACUUACACCAGGCAUUGUCUUAUUCAAGCUAUCAAUGAUUCGACUUAAUCGAAAGUCUUUAUACGAACUUAUCGAUAUAUGUCAAACCAAAUUUUGGCACGACGAUUACGAUGAGUUUGGUAUUGCCAUUUUGCAAAAUUGCGAGACGAAAUGUGUCCUUUUGAUUACGUCAUAUAUGUCUUUUGCACUAUUCACAGCUAUUACCUAUACCGUACGAUCGAUCAUAGAUAAUAUAGGUAAAACUGGAACAGACAAAAUAUUACCUUUUACGAUGUGGCUCAAUGAGACUAUGGCAAGGGCACCGUAUUUUCAAUUGCUAUUCAUUUUUGAGGGAAUUAUACUGUGUUACCUGGGAGUCGGCUUUUUUUGCAUCGACAAUUUCUUUUGUAUAAUCAAUAUUCACGUUGCUGGUCAAUUCAAAAUACUCCAAGGCAAAUUGGAAAGAUUGUGCGGACCGAAUGAUCGUGAAGACGAAAAAAAGGAUCGUGGAAUUUGGAUAAGAAAGAAUCCAGCGGCCGUCUUUCAAGAAUUUCGAAGUUGCGUUCAACUGCAUAAAAUGCUUAUUUACUACGUGGAAAAGGUCGAAGCCAUCUUUAGCCUCAUAAUACUCUGUCAGGUGAUAUUGUCAAGUAUACUCAUGUGUCUAGCCGGUUUUCAAGCAGUUUCCGACGACAAUUCGGCAAGCCAACGUUGUAUUUUUACUGCGUAUACAAUUGGUUGUUUUUUUCAACUGUUACUCUAUACGUCAACGAGCAACGAAAUAAUAGAUGAAAGUCUUGGCGUAGCCAAUGCGGCUUAUCGGGCUCAUUGGUAUCUUUUGCCUUUCGAUAAAACAAGUAAAGUUAUCAGGGGUUGCUUAGUGCUUGUCAUAUUACGAGCAAGACGCCCAUGUUCUUUAACGGCAGGAAGAUUCUUUGCCAUAUCCUUAGAAACAUUUACAAAAGUGAUCAGUACCACCAUAUCGUACUUUACUUUACUAAGACAACGUGGAGAGUCUUCAUAUGUUGUGCUACAGUGCAGUGCCCACCCGAGUGGCCCCCGGAUGCUGCUCUCGGCCUUCACUGAUCAGCUGGAUCAGCCCCGAUUGGAAUUGAAUAGUCGCGAAGAGAAAAGUGUUAUGACAGUGUCACAAGUCACUGAAAUGUCCCACCAUUCAAAUAUAGGUGUGUCCCUUGCGGUAAUAAAAUACUCUAUGAAAUUAAUUGGAUUAUGGAAAGCUGAUAAUACACUUGAUAUAUUUCUCAUGAGUUCAAUUUUCAUUUAUACAAUCAGCAUGGGGAUUGCCGGUAUUGUAUUCACAGUAACUGAUCUUUUUUACGUUUUCGAUGACAUUUAUGCAGCCGUAAAUAUUAUUUGUCCAACGAUUGCUAUUUUUAAUAAUACUGUGAAAUUAAUAAUCUUUGCGAUUAAUCGACGGCAAGUUUUGAAUAUUAUAGAACGUUUGGAAAAUUCGAUUAAAAACGAAACGUACGAGGAAUACGAUAUAAGAGCCGUCAAAGAUUGUGAACGUCAAUGUAUUAUUUUGGUAAUAACUUUUGUAAUUCUGACUCAGGGGGCAGCUUCUAAUUAUGUGAUACCGCCACUUUUUGAAAUUUUUUCCGGCAACGGAAGUAGAAAUUUACCAGUCACUAUCCAUUUUGGUGGAUUCGCUUAUGGCGAAUCACCUUAUUUCGAAAUUGGAUUUUGUAUCGAGGCAAUGAUAGGCUUUAGUUCCGCACUGUGUUUAGUUACGCUUAAUAAUUUUCUUACGACAACAAAUCUUCAUCUUGCGUGUCAAUUCAAAAUUUUACACAACAAACUAAAAUCAACUUGUAUCGCCGAUUUGGAUAUGAAUUUCAAUGCCUCACGUGAUGCUUACAGCAAGUUAAAAAAAUGUAUAAAAACUCACAAAAUGCUCAUCGACUACACUGCUCAAGUAGAAGAUGUUUAUACAUACAUAAUACUAAUGCAAAUGUUUGCAUCCAGUGUAGUAAUAUGCGCAGCUGGUUUUCAAUUAUUUUUCUUUUCGGGGUCGAUGCUGCGCUUCGUUUUGAGUAUUUUUUUCUUUCUGACUUCCGUCGGCGAAUUUUUUCUCUUUUCCUGGUCAUGUAACGAAAUCAUCGUGGCGAGUGCGACAGUUGGUGAUGGCGGCUACAAUACGACCUGGUACAGUCUUUCCGCAACUGGUUAUGGAAAAGCAUAUCGAGACGGAUUGCAAUUAUUAAUUAUGCGAAGUCAUCGUCCGUGUUAUCUCACAGCUGGAAAAUUUUGUAUAAUAUCACUAGAAUCCUUUUCCACAGUGAUGACAACAGCAACGUCAUACUUCACGCUGUUACGAAAUUUCGUUGACGAGGAUGAAUUUCGUAAUAAAUAAAAAAAAGGCCGCUUAUACUGAUUCGCGUACACUGCAGUAUUACAAUUAAGAUUCCUGUACAUACUGUAUAUUUGAAAUGUAUAUAAAGUGCCAGGAAUCCAUUUUA